GUUCACCGCUAUCACAUUAGUAUAAGAGAACAAAUUUUAUAUUCCUCCAAAGGUUCUAAACUUAGGCAAUCACAUUUCGCCAAAAUGGGGCGUAGUAAGUUUGCUUCGCCUAAAAAGGUAAUGCAACACGGAGACUUUAUCAAUCGGAUUCGGAAAACUCUGUACUAUGGCGUGGAAACAGCGGACACUGACUUGAAAGUUGUUCCAUCCCCCCUCGCAGAGUACGCAUCUGAGAUAUUUUCCGAGCCCCAUCGAGGACACUCUUUGCAUCGCCUAAGUUGUGUGGCCGCUGGUAAAAUUCAGGCAACACCAUGUUCCCUAAUUAUGGCUCUCAUUUACCUGGACCGCUUGAACACGAUAGAUCCGGGCUACAGCUGUCGCAUUACUCCCCACGAGCUGUUCGUUGUAUCGCUGAUGAUUUCAACGAAGUUUUAUGCCGGCCACGAUGAACGGUUCUUUAUUGAGGAUUGGGCUAAGGAGGGAAACAUGACAGAAGACAGACUGAAGGAAAUGGAACUAGAGUUUCUCUCUGCUGUAGACUGGAAUAUAUACAUUUCUAACGAGGACUUCUUUGCCAAAUUGAACAGUGUGGAAAAAACGCUGGCGGAGAGGGAAGGAUUACGGCGAGGCUGGCUAACGUACAGUGAGCUAAUCCAACUGCUUCCCAGCUUUGAGUGGACGAAAUUCCUGGCAAACAGCUUUUCCGUUCUGGCGCUGAGCUAUGCAGCAAGUGUGAUAACAUUAGCGAGUGCUUUUUUUAUAGCCAGCCAGGUUCCAGGCACAAUGUGGCACCGCCGACCAUCUACAGCUUCACCUUCGGUAACCACUCUGACUCUUGGGGACGCAGCGGGUACAUCAACGGCUUCAACUUCAUCGCAACCGGGAUCUGCUAAUAAUUUUGAUAACGUCUCUGAUGUUUCGUGCAACGAAAGCUGGCAUGCGCUGAACGUGAAGAGGAAUUGUUGAAACACGAACGAGUGUAUUGCACCCAGGCAAUACCAAAUGAGACUGAGUACACGCACCGAAUAUUCCAAUUCUCCGUUCCAUAUUUACCGUUAAGAAGAAACAAUUUCGAUAGUGAAAUUUUGCAGGACAGUACUCAAAACUACUGGCUCAAUAUUAAAUCACAGUAUAGUAGCGAUACCUUAAAAGAAAAUUUAAAUUAUUUCAUAACUGAUAGUAACCGAAUCUUGUCGAACUUACGCUGUCAGCAAACAAGAAAUGCUUCUAUGUUUUGGCAACUGCUUACCGAAGCAAUGACUAAUUCCUUAUUGGUUUUGAUUUAAAAUAGUUGAUCUAUUUAUAUUGUGCAUCUUAAUACAUAAAUAAAGGUUCAAUGACUCAGCAGUGCAGUUAAAUAUA